AUGCAAAAUAUAAAUUCCAGAAUUGUUCUUUUGAGGUCUUUAAAAUUAAAAAAUGUUUUUAUAUAUGUAAGGAAAGAGACAGGGAAACGACCCUUCACAAUUUUAAGCAGUAAUCAUAGGGCGUACAAAAACAAUGGUAGUUUUUUUUUGUCUAAUAUUGUAUAUAAUAGUAAUAACGAAAAUGGUUUUACUCGAGAUAAAUCGGAUUGCACAAAAACAUGUGAUUACUUUACAAAUAGUAUAAAUAAAAAUGAAAAAAAAGAAUUAUUAAAAAUAGAGGAUUUUUAUUAUUUCAAUGUAUACCUACUUAAUGACAAAGAAUUUGUAAAUUUUGUUUUAAAAUAUAAUUUCCAUGAAAAUAAAAAUAUCUAUGUGUCUUUACUAAUACAAUUAACAAAAAUAUAUAAACAGAUAAGUGUUAAGGAUAUAAUUGAUGUACUAGGAAAAAUAUAUGAUAAAAAUAAAUCGGCAUAUUCUAAUUUAUUAAUGAAUGGAGAAGAUGUCUCAAAUUUAUAUUCACAUAUAUGUAAUAAUAUAACAAAACUUAAUAAUUUGGAACUUAUUAAAUUUUUAAAAUGUUGUUCUUAUACUACUGUUAAAUAUCCUCAUGAAACAAUUAUAUAUAUAAUAAAAAUAAUUUUAUCAAAAAAUUUGGAUUCUUUUAACUUAUCAACUAUUCAUGACAUAUGUAAUAGUCUCAUUAAAAUUAAAAAUGAUUUUAAAAUAAAUAAAAUAAAUUAUGACCCUAAGCUUCAUAUCAAUCUAUAUUCAUAUUUACAAAACAAAAUAUUAAAUGCUACUAUGGAACAGUUUUUUCAAAAUCUCCCCAUAUAUAUAAGUAUGGAAAAAGAUAUACAAAAAAUUAUGGACAAAAAUCAUCCUUCUGAUCCUACAACAAUAAAAAGUGAUUCCAAUACAAUGUCAAAUUCUUCUUUUUCGGAAAAAGAUGACUCGCUAGCUAGAUAUGCCAACUUUGUAAUUAAUCAAGAAAAACUAUUGUUAUUGAAACAAAAGUGGAAAUUAAUAUUUUUAAAUAAAAUAAAUGAAAUUAAUGGAGAAUAUGUUUUAGAAGCAGUUAGUAUAUACAAAUGGCUAGAUCUUAAAGACACAUCUCUUUUUACACAUAUUUGUGAAAUAUUUGUAAAGAAUAUUUUAUUAUUUGACUCAAAAUAUGUAGUCCGUUUUUUUCGAAAAUGCCAUAGUUUAAAAUUUGAAAAAAAAAAUAUUUAUUCAAAUAAUAAUAUGAACAAGUCAGGUGAAAAUGUGCAUAAUAAAAUAAAAACGAAAAAUGAAAUAAAUUUAGAAGGAUAUGAGGACGAAAUGAAUGAACAAAAUAAUGAAGAAGAUUUAAAUGAACAUAAUUUUCAAACUAUUGAACAAGAAGAUGUAGGUACAAAUUUGUUACUUAACAUUAUUAAUGAAAGAAUUUAUCAAAUGGAAAUCCAUGAAUUAAAUGCUAUUACUUAUGGUAUAUAUGCAUUUGUAGAAAAUAUGAAACAAUUUUCGAAUUUAGCAGUUUUAAAAAAUAAUAUGAAUCUCCUUUUUUCAAUGUCUUCUCAAUAUAUUCGAAAUUACAUAAAUAAAGAAAUUCUUACACAUUCAAAUAAAUUGGUAAAUAGCAAAAUACAUGAAAAAAAUGCAAUAGUAGAAAAUAUAGAAACCCCCUAUGAUAUAAAUAUGAAUACAGAAUAUAUGUAUAUAUCAUCAACUAACAUAUAUUUGAACAAGCAUAAAGAAGUUAAUUGUCAUGGUCGAAACUAUAAUAACAAAGGUGGCUAUAAUUCUUUAGAGGCACAAAAUAUAAAAUAUGUGAGCGACAUUUUACUUAACAUAAGCUAUCUUAAUAUAAGUAAAAACCAUAAAAAAAUAAAAGAAGUUUAUGAAUGCAUAAAUAAACUAAUUAUAAAUAAUGGUGUAAAAGAAGAUGCUAACAAUUUACUAAGCUUAUUAAUGUGUCUUUCAAAUUUAUAUUUCAAAACAUUUGAUAAUUAUAUUUUUCAUACAUAUAAAAGUAUAAUAGAUAUAUUAGAUAAUGAAAAGGCACAAAUUAAUGGUCAUCAUUUUAAUAAACUAGCUUUUGCUAUAUAUCCAAUACUUAAUGAAGAAAAUAAACUUAUUCAAAAAUAUUCUGACUUUUUAACAUUUUUUGUUCAGGCAAAAAUUGUACCUUUACGUUCAUGUGUUUUUUUAUUACAAAAUAUAAUGAAAAAUCUUAAAAUUAAAUUAAAUGACCAAUUAAGUAAUCUCAAAUUGGCCAUAAUAAAUAGAAUAUAUUUAUUUAUGAAAGAGUCCUAUGAAUAUUCAGAAACAAUUUCCGAAUCACCAACUUACGAUAACAUUAACAAUAGUGAAAAUGGAACAAAUAGCUCGACUAUUACUAAUAAUGAUAAUAAUAAUUCUGACCAUGUUCAGGCAAAUUUUAAAAAAUUUUUAUUACUUCAUUCAAUUAAUGAAAAUACCUUAAUAUGCAUAGUUACUAGCUUAUCUCUUAUAAUACAACAAUCAAAAUAUGGAUCGAAAAAUAAGGAUGAUGCUGUUAUCCUUCUUCAAAAUAUUAUUUCUUAUAUUCCAAUUAAUUAUUUUCAAAAGUUUCCCAAAAAAUACCUUCAUACUGAACUUAUUCAAGCAUUUUUACCUGAACAUGAUCAGGUAAAACAAAUUCUUCUUAAUAAAAUGUAG